AUGAUUGCUAUCGACAAUAUUCUUGAAAAAUACACAACUUCAAAACAACUGCCUCUGGCCAUUGGUGCAGUUGUCACCAGAGACAAAGGCUUGGUGUAUAACAAUGGUUAUGGCUUCAAAAGAGUUGACGAAGAAUCCUCUCAUGCAGAUGAGGAAACUGUCGUCAAAUUAUUCUCCACUUCCAAAGCCUUGACUACCACUGCUUUGCUGCAACUGCUUGAAUCCGGUAAAAUAACCUCCAUUGACGACCCAGUGGAAAAAUACAUUCCAGAAAUCAAAGAUACAAAGUUGAUGACAGGGGUCGAUGAUGAAGGCAAGCCUAUCUUGGUUACACCAACCAAAAAACCAACCCUUCGAAACUUGCUAACACACACUGCUGGGUUUUCAUACUCAUUUUUCAGUCAUAAAUAUGCAGACUAUCUAAAGAGCACGGGAAACGGUGACAUCCUAAAAUCAUCCUGGGAACAUUUCAACACACCCUUCAUUUACGAGCCUGGUACAAAAUUCCAUUACGGUGUUAACAUUGACUGGGCUGGAAAAGUCGUUGAAAAUGUUUCCGGUUUGACCUUGGAUGCGUAUUGCAAGAAAAACAUCUUUGGGCCUUUGGAAGCUAAUUCGUUGACAUUUGAACGAUUCCCUGAACAAUUUGAACAACAAGCCCAACUUCAUCAAAGAGUAGGGCCUACUGAUUAUCAGGUGCUUGAGAAUGCAUACGUCAAAAAGCCUAAAUUCCAUGCUGGUGGCCAUGGCUGUUGGGGUAAAGUCAGUGACUACAUGAAGUUCUUAGAAAUAUUUCUGCACGAAGGAAAGUCUCCACAAACAGGAGCUGUUAUUUUAAAGCCAGAGACUAUCCAAAAGUACUCUUUCAGUAAUUUGAUGCCAGAGGGAGUCAAGAUCGAAUCGACUUUGGAAGUGUCUCAACCUGAUGUAUCAAACUAUGUCGACUAUUUUGACUUGUUUGAAAAACAGGGCUGGACCGCAAGCUUCCACAAAACCGGUGAUGAGCUUCCAACAGGAAGAUCAGCAAACUCUUUCAAUUGGGCUGGAUUGGCAAACUUGUACUACUGGAUUGACGUCAACAAAGGCAUUGCUGGUUUCUUUGCAACACAGUUGUUCCCUUUCUAUGAUAAAUCAAGUUUACAGGCCUUUGGCGAGUUUGAAACUGAGGCAUAUAAAACUUUUGCCUAA